UCUGAUCUCCUGCUGUAGUGAUGAUUGACCCGGAAGUGAACCCCAAGGCCUACCCCUUGGCUGAUGCCACACUGACUAAAACCAUCCUGGACCUGGUGCAGCAGGUGGCCAACUACAAGCAGCUGAGGAAGGGAGCCAAUGAAGCCACUAAAACCCUGAACCGCGGCAUUGCGGAGUUCAUAGUGAUGGCUGCCGACACCGGGCCCCUCGAGAUCAUUCUCCACUUGCUGCUGCUGUGCGAGGACAAGAACGUGCCCUACAUCUUCAUGUGCUCCAAGCAGGCCCUGGGCCGCACCUGUGGCGUCUCCCGGCCUGUUAUUGCAACCUCCGUCACCAUCAAGGAGGGCUCCCAGCUCAAGCCCCAGAUCCAGUCUGUGCAGAUUGCGAUUGAGAGACUCCUGGUCUGAGAGGGCAGAGUAGCA